GUAUUCGACCAAGCCUGUUUCGGAAGACUCGGAAGGAAGUCUGGAUCCGACAAACGACAAGAAUCUGAAGAUACUUUAUAUUCAAACACUUUUGCGCCUUUUUACGUCGGAAGCGCCGAUUCUCGAUCUGUGCCAGUUUAGAUAAAGCACCAUGAGUAUAAGUAGUAGAACUUCUCGUGGAAUCGUAAGCAAAACUGCAGUUUCCUCAGAAGCUCACAAAGGUAUUGUGAUUUUUUAUUCACUCGCUGUCACACUUGAGUUGUAUGAUUUCAGACCUCCUGAGAGACAGGAGGCGAAGCGAUCACCGCUAGUUCAGUUACGAUUUAUAACCGGGGCUAAAAUUUCUAAGUUUUAAAUUAAUUUAAACACUAACUCUUUUUUCUUUAUUUCCAUAACUGACGGAUUUUGGGCAACGUUCUAUUCACCUAAAGACCCGGUAAGUUCGAGUUCCAAUUUUUGUGUGUAUCCAUGUGAUGAUUUCGUGCACUGCACACUGAGCACAGCCUUUGGCUUGUUGUGUUCUUGUCUUAAACGAUGAAUUUAGCUUAAAUACCCUACCCUUAACUCUUGAUGUAGAGAGUACACGAGGCUAACAAUCUUCCUUAUUUGUGAAGUUGCUGAGAAAUCCUGCGAUCAAUGAUGUGUUCAUUUGUACAGCUGUAAAAAUCGCGAACUUUCGGUCAUUUUGUUUUGCAUUCGAAUUUUCCAAAUUUUCAUUCAUGUCACUCAACGCGAUUGAGAAUUCAGUGCUUUUAUCACGAAAGUUUUAAAGAUGUUUGAAACCCUAAGUUUGAACUAAUUCUUUGUAUGCGUGGUCGAUUUGACUUUUUUCCCGCGAUUACGUUAAUUCAGUGAAAUGGGAAGUUGAUAUUUGCAUUUCAGAUAAAUUUUCCUCCUAUAUAAUCUGCGAUCGGAAUUCAAUUACAUCCGCACUGCGUCAAGUAUGGACCUUGCGGUUGGAUUUUAAUCCUAUUAAAGAGUCCUUUUGUAAAAGCACUUUUUUAUCCGAUGUCAUUCAUUGUAUAGUUGACCACUCUGACGCAGAAUUUGCACUGAAAAAAAAAUUCAUUCUGUUCUAAUUAUUGGAGAUCGACGAAAUAAGUAGCCACCUUGUUAACUGCGGAUGUUUUUUUUUUGGGGGGGGGAGGGUCGAAAAGUAGUUGGAGGUGUGUGCCGUUAUGCCUUUAGUUCGUUGAACCCUCUUUGUAACAAAAACAGCUAUUGCCAGAGUAUUUUAUCCAUUGCAGUUUCAAAAAUAAUUAUAUUAGACAUAAGGGUUGUGCCAAUUAUUCUAUUCUUUCUAUUCUAGAUACCCAACCUAUCACUGACCUUGUCACUGAACCCCCCCACUUAAGACACAGCAAUAAUAUUAUUUCAUUGGUGAGCCUCAAGGGGCAGUAGAAUUUAUAGCAGCAAUAUCAAUUAUUAUAUUGCUUUUCCAAAAUUCCACAUUUCUUUUGUUACCAUGUUUUGUUAGAAUAAAUUGGUAUAAACUUGCUUAAAACACAGACACUGGUGCAAAUUUUGCUUCACUUGUAAUCUGAUUACACACUGAUUUGAGUGUCCCUUAUUGCUAUUAAUUGGUGACUUUGCUUACUAAAUGUUAAUAACACCAUAAUACUACUUACCGGUAAUUAAAUUAGCCAAAAAAUUCCCAGUGAAAGUUUUCUCUGAGGCCAGAGGAAUUAUUGUUACUAUGCAUGGUAUGUUUUAAAAUGUAAAAAUCAUUUCCCUUUUAAGGUGGACGUCUCUAACUUAAAUUCAUAUGCAUGUUUUCAAGGUGCCUUACCUGAACAAGCUAUUUUUAUACUUGAUUUCACUUAUUUUUAUUGCUGAAUAUGACCAAUAGAUUGUACUCUCAAAUGAAUCCAGUUUUGAAAAUGGCAUGGUACAACCAGUCUUGUUAAAACCUAAACAGUGGCAAAUGUAAUGUUUUUGUUGGUAGUCACAAAUAAGGUGCUUCCUAUAACCUCAACCUGUCGAUAACUUAAGGUUUCUGUAUAUAUUUGCUGUUUUGUUUGUUUUGAUUAAAAAUGAUUAACAAGUUAUACAUAAAAUAUUAUAAAGUACUGUCAAAGAUGUUGCAACCAAGAUUAAUUUACCAAAGUGCAACUGUUAUAUUUAUCCAAAAUGAGAUUUAUUGUUUUGCAUUACAAUGUUAUUUGCAAAUGCCUCUCUAGCAAUGAGCUUGCCUCAAUUGACAUGCAUAGAAGAUACAAGGUCACGUUGUGGCAUAUUUUCUGUUCUCUUCACAGGAACCUGGUUAUGUUGGUUUUGCUAACCUCCCUAACCAAGUCCAUAGAAAAUCUGUGAAGAAAGGGUUUGAGUUUACCCUUAUGGUUGUUGGUAAGUGCUGUGCAAUUAACAAUCUCAAAUUAACUUAUUAUUGUUAUAUGGCAUAAAACUCUCACCUGUCUAAAGUGACUAUAGCUUUUGACUUGAAUGAUCAAAGGACUUGUAACACACGCAUCUGGCUGGAUAUAAAUGAUUAAGGUGUGUGAGGAAUAAGUUUUGCUUGGAGUGGUGAUAGUCCAUCAGGAAACCUGUUGUUUUUGAUACAUGUUGUUUCGAUACAAACUCAACCAGUAAACUGCACAAUACAUCUGUAUUUUCAAUCACUUACUGGUCCAUUAUAGAAUAGGCUAUUGAGGGAACUUUGAUUGAUACUUUUUGAUAAACCUAAUUAAGACCAGGCUAUUCCUUUCUUGCGGCAAACAAUUGCAAGAUCUCUUAUCACUGACCUUUUUUAGUUUGAAUGUCUUUUGUUACUGAUGCAUGAUAAUAUUAUUAUCAAACCAUUACAAGAAACUUGUUUUCCCUUUCAUUUGAAAACUUAAAUUGUCAAACAGAUGAGUUUUGACCCUGCAGUAUACUUAAUACAAUCUAAAUGGUCCUUCACCUCUAAUAAUAUCGAUAAUUUUUUUAAAUAACUGAUUUUUAUAACCGAUUUUUUGCUAUUCCAGGUGAGUCUGGUUUGGGAAAGUCAACCCUUGUAGAUAGCUUGUUUCUUACUGACUUAUAUGAUGAGACAGCAAUUCCUAAAGCAGUUGGUAUGUAUAAAUAACUUGUGAGUGUAAAACCUAAUCAUUGGUGGAACUAGGGAGGGGCCCAAGGUCAGGACCCCUUUGUCUGACAGACCCAAAAUGAGGCCUACAGAGCCAAUGUGCCAACUGAAGAUAACCCGGUUUUGGCUAAAGAGCUGCCUAUCUCCCUUUAUUUAAAAUGUCUGACACCUUUAACCCUUCCACCUCAACUUAUCUUUUUUUUUUAAAAUAGUCUGGUUUUCCUUUGAUGGCAAACUAGAGUGGGAUUGAAAUAUUCGUAAGGGUGGGCUGGGAAAGCUAGGAGGUCUUCAACUGAUACUAAGACUUGUUAAUUGUACCAAAGUGUGUGAUGACCUUCUUUGGGAGAUUAGAUAAAUAAGUUCCCCCUCCCCCCAACUCAAGAUGUAUACCUCCUUGUACAGGCACACUUGUUUUAUCCUUAAUUAGUACUGCCUAGUGAUUCUGGUAAUUAUGUACCUCAAGGUCUAAGUACCUCUAGCCUCAAGGGAAAGAUGAAGUCCUGAUUCAGUUCUAACCGGUUAUAUAUUCUGGGUAGGAUGAUGAGGGUGUGGAAAAUGAUUGUUUUAUUGUUUGGGUUUGUAGAUCGUAUUCACCAGACAGUUCAAAUUGAAACCAACACUGUAGAAAUUGAAGAGAAAGGUAUCAGGUUAAGAUUAACAGUGGUAGACACUCCAGGAUUUGCUGAUGCUGUAGACAAUACAGAUUGGUAAGACUCCUCUAAAUCUGAUACUUGCAUACUGUAAACUGCCGCUUAUAAGCCUCCACUUAUAAUCCCUCUCAAUUAUCGGCCCCUCUACCUGUAAAUAUAAACAUCCGAUUAACAGCCCCCCCGCCCCCCGCUCCCCUUUGAUAUAAGCCCCCAUCUAGCUUGUAUUGAAGGUAAAUGGAUUUAUUGUGACAUCUCGAAGCUUAAUAAAUUAAAAACCAGUGAAUAAAAAACAUAUCUUAAUCAGCACUGCUACAGCUUGUUAAUCAAAGUGCUUUUCUGGUCCGGUUAUAAUCCCCACCCCUCAUGAAGACAUAUAAGCCCAGGGCUUAUGAGCAUCAAUUUAUUUUUUUUUUUCACUAGUGAAGAAAUUUGAAAAUUUAGAUAUCAUUUAAGGAGUGUGCACUGUAGCAUGUCUUGCUUGAUGAAUUUGUAUUUAAAGGUACUAUAUGUAGCUGUUAGAAAUUGGAACACCUUUCCCAAGAUUGAUGUAGGAAUAAGGUUAUAUAUACUUACAUUUAAAGCCACGAAUUGGUGACAAAUAAGGAUGUUUUUUUUUUCUUGUACUGUAUAGUUGGCAAGCUGUAACUAACUACAUUGACCAACAGUACGAGACUUACCUGCAAGAUGAAUCAGGCCUUAAUCGACGGCACAUAGUAGACAACAGAGUUCACUGCUGUCUAUAUUUUAUAUGUCCACAUGGUCAUGGGUUAGUAUUUGCAUUUGUUGUAGAUUUUUAAAGUUGGAUAGCAGAUUUUGCUAGUCAUGUAGAGUGUGUACUUCUGCAUUUGUUGUCUCUUUUUCGUGGACAGUCACCAUUACUUCUCAAACUCAUUAAUAAUUCAUAAAGAAAAUUCAAAGGAAAUUAAUGUGUAAUGAGUGUUUGGAUAUCAGAUGAAAAACUGCUCAUUUUGCAUCCAAUUUCAUUUGUUUCAAACAUCAUCAUCAACUUAAAAAUACUCGCUGUGAUCUCAUCCACUCGGUGUUUCAUCUGGUGAUGAAACACUCAGAAUAUUACAAUCAUCACUUCCAAUUAUCAUUUUCUCAUCCACAAGAAUCAGAAUCAUCAUUAUCAGUUUGAUAUUACCCAUCAUCAUUAUUAUUACCCGUGACUCCCAUACUCCACCUUCCAUCACUGUGACGUUCACUGCCAUGGUCAUAAAUCACCCCAUAAUGGUUAUCUCGACCUUCAACAUCAUCACUGUUAUCAACUUCAUCAUCAUCAUCAUCAUCGUUAUCACCUUCACCAUGCCUUCAGAGAAUCAUAAACUAACCCUUCUCCAGAUUUUUGCAAAACAGAUUAUUAAUAACAAAUUAUUGUCCUGCUGAGCCUGACUGGCAAAAAAAUACAUUAAAAAAAUAAAACAUUCAAACCCACAACCGUCACCUUGGGGAUGGAGGAAAGUGGCCAUAGUAUAGAUGGUCAGAACAUGAGUGAAUGUACCCUUUGUAGGUAAAAUCCUUUUUUGUGAGGUUAAACCAGAAUUUCCAUUGUCUCCUCUGAAAAAUCGGGGCUAUCAAACAAAUCCUGAACCAAACUAGGUUGAAUUGUAUUUUAACCUAAGAGUGGAUUUUACCUACAACAUAAUCCAUAAGGGCAAACAAAAGUGGGCAUUAUCGAUAUGUGGGGUUUAGCAGAGAUUCCAUUUUGAUAAAAGAAAAAGAACAGAAACAAACAUAGAUCUCCUUGGGUCUCUGUUUUUCUAGUACUUUUUGCUCCUUACCAUUCAAGCUCUUAAGAAAGUUUUAUCUCGUUGGUACUAAUAUUAUUGCUGUCAUUUGUGUUUUGUCCUUUUUCUCAGCUUAAAACCUAUAGACAUCAUGUUUAUGAGAAUGUUACACACCAAGGUUAACAUAGUUCCUGUUAUAGCCAAAGCUGAUUGUUUAACAAAAUUCGAAAUGCAAAGACUUAAAAGAAAGGUCAGAGAAUGGUCAACUUUAUUUUUCAUAUGGUAAUAUUAUUGUCAAAGCCCUCACAUGUUCAUCCCAAUAUUAACUAACACUUCCAGUAAGACUUCCUUUGCAAUUAGUUGUAGCACAGGUACCUUAGGAUUAAAAUGAUAAUUUGAGUGUCACGAAGUAAUUUGUGCAGCAGGAGUUUUUUUGAGAACUAAUCUAUUUUAAAUGGGAUACAAACUGAGGGAGGAAAUAACAUCUAUUAAAGAAGUCCUUACGUUGCAUACAUGGUUCAUCCCUGCUGUAACUUUCAUGUAUCUGGGGGUGAUCAGAGACACUUGAGACGGCUAUUUUUUUCAAUAUUGUUCCCGAAGCUUGGGGUACCUGUGGUGGUGAAAGCCAACAAGUUAAAAAAGACAGUCCUUUUAAAAAUUGCUCAAGAAACGCAAGUGCUUCCCUAAAAUAUUAUUUUUCCAUGGCGCCACCUUACAAGACAUUAAAGACAUAAUUUUCAUGCACAGACUUCUAAGCUACAACCAGUUACAAAACACUCCGAAGAAAAACCGGCCUUUUUUCCUUCAAUUCGCUGCUAUUCAGGCCGUUUAAGCCAAAAUAAGGUAGAGUGUCUCAAGUAUUUUUGCAACUGGUUGUAGCAAGCUACCUUUAACCCCAGCUUACAUCAUCUCAAGAAAGUUCCAGCCGGGGGUUUACGUUAUGCAAAGACGUUUUUGAGCGUUGCACGUCAACCGGAAUUGAACUGUAUCCAUGUAGUUGCUUUUCCCUAAUUUUCGGUCAUAUCGCUUUUAUGAGACUAUAGACGCUUAGCAAUACAAAUUUGGAAGUGUUGUGGAAAAUUGAAAGAGAAACGGGUUCACUUCCGGUUGAUGUGCUUCACCUAAGAAACGCCUUUGCUUUCGCUCCUUUAUGUCGCGUAAAGGGCUAUAUGCUAAGUUCAAAAUUGUGACUCUUUUGUUACCAGGUCCUAGACGAAAUUGACGAACAUGGUAUCAAGAUUUACUCAUUUCCAGAUUGUGACAGCGAAGAUGAUGAGGAAUUUGUUGAGAUAAACCAGGAAUUGAAGGUAGAAUUCCAGUAUUCCCUUUAUCUAAAAGUUCAGCAAAUCGAAAUUACUAUACCUCUAGAGAAGUGAAGAAUUAAUACUUGACUGAAACGAUGCUCUAAGUCAAGAAAUGACCCACAAAAAACAUUUCAUAUGCGUGUCCCAUGCGUGCGGCUUUCGUCAUAAGACGAAUAACUUUGCCCAAUACAGAAUUUAUUUAGGCCUGAAUUAAAACCAAACAAACUCUUUCUUUUCAAAUAAGCAACCAUUUGAGUGUCAGGUUGCAACAUCACACAAGAAGCUUCAACUGGCUUUUACCUGGAUUGUCAAAGGCAAACUUGACUUUCGCCUUUAAAGUCAACAAAUAAUAUGAGAGUUGCAAUAAUUUUUUUGCCCUUAUUGAUUCUUAAAACUUUAUAACUUACUUGUAUAUGUUCAGUUUUCUUUAUAAAGAACGCCGGUGGGCAUACGAUUUCCUGGCAAAAAAAACUGCAGUCUGAGAGACUUUUUCCCGCCAAAAACGCGGCGUGCAAAUUGAAUGUGACCUUUGAAAUGGGCCCUUUGCAGUCCCCUUUGCACGAGACGGUCACAUGAUACAAAAAUCACCUUGCUGGAUGGCAAAUGGCGCAGUGGGACCUUUAAAAGAAAGGUUGUGAGCUUUUUGAAUGAGGCUAUCUCUUUGUUUUUUUUGCCCCUCUGCGUCGUUUGCCAUUCAGCAAGGUGUUUUUUUGUAUCAUGUGACCGUAUCAUGCAAAGAGCCCAUUGGUUACAUGGAAAGUGGAAGAGAAAACGUCACUAUUCAGUUAGCAGGUCAAAUCUCUUAUAGUCUCUGCUCUAUGUCUGUUCAUAUCUUUUUGCAGGGUAGUAUUCCUUUUGCUGUGAUAGGCAGUAACACAAUAACGGACGUCCGAGGCAAGCAAGUACGAGUUAGGCAGUACCCCUGGGGAAUGGCAGAAGGUUUGUUAAUUUAGUCCCACUCAAUCUCCAGGAACUCUUACAUUAAGUUAUUUCGUUCUAAAUGACAGUUUUUAGAAUACCCUAGAGCAUUUCCAGAGAGAAUUUGCAAACUUUGUCAAUAUUGUUUAUAAACGCAGACUCGUUUUUAAGUUUAUAACAGGGAGCUUAAUCAAAGGCGUUUUUGAGGGACACACGUCAAAGGGAAGUGGACUUUUUGCAGUCUUAGGUUGUGGUUUUGCGCAGCAAAUUGUCGCUGUAAGAGUGAAAACACUUCACAGUUAGUAUAGUCUCCCUCGCAGCCGUUUCUUGGAUGUCACGUAACGCUCCCCCAAAAGAAGCGUUGGGGGAGCGUUGAGUGACAUCCAAAAAACGGCUGCGAGGGAGACUACAGUUAGUAGCGUCAUUGCAUAUUAAAAGCAGGGAAAAAGCCCCACUUCCAGUUGUCACGCGUCACUCAAAAACGCCCCUGCGUAAGCUUCCUAUUGUGUCCCCACCAUGACAGUAGCCAGUGCGAUCGUGCGUGCGCUUGUCUAUUGACAGGUAUGGCAACUUGAGACUGGGUCGGUGUUGUGUUGAACUGCACUUUGUGACUGUUUUUGGGGUGAAUUUAAUAGAACUACUCGUGGUAUAGCCUGAGAAAACAGCCGACAUUUCGCGACGCCACCAAUGGUUUCCCCGCGAAAUGACGUCUGAAAAACGAGCGCAGAAAUUCCAUACUGAUGACGCGUCACUACCCAGAUCUGGGUAGUGCUUCUAAUACUAUUGGUUGUAAAUUUGCUUCACCCAAUCAGAAGCACUACCCAGAUCUGGGUAGUGACGCGUCAUCAGUAUGGAAUUUCAGUGCUCGUUUCUUAGACUUAAUUUCGCGGGGAAACCAGUGGUGGCGUCGCGAAUUGUCGGCUGUUUUCUCAGGCUGCUCGUAGGAGACAAUGGAAAAUGUGCUCGGGUCCCCAAAACAGUCCCAUCUCCCAUAGGACAAAAUGACACAACAGCAUCCCAGUCACACGCGUAACCAGAAAAGGGGCAUUGGGCAGGAACUAUAAUAACGUGCUUGUAACUUGUGUUAAUUUGCAGUUGAAAACCCCGAGCACUGUGACUUUAUCAAGCUUAGAAACAUGUUGAUCAGGUGAGAAAGAGAGACCUUUCAUUUCUUUACGCUUGCAACUAAUUGAAAGUUACCGCACAAACUGCGAUUUUCUUUGCGAUGCUCUAUACUUGAAAGAUAAAUUAAUCAAGUGACGCUGCUAUGUUUGUUGUUUCACUCCAACAUGACGACGGAGUAGUGUUGUUAGGUUCGUGAUCUUGAAUACAAUUUUGUUGGUUGAUCUGCUUGUGAACUCUCCCGUUAUGUUGUGCUUUUCCAAACUCUUGCCAACGUCCAACGUCUUUAUCGGGUGUCGAUUCUGAGAUUGAACAUGUUUGAUUCCUCCAGACGCCGUCGUGUAACGAAGGGUCGAUUGUAUGAUGAACUUAAGUCGUGUUUUUUCAAAAAAUUAUUUCACUACAGUUAAUUGGGAUGUACCAAACGGCUCCUUGUUUAGGGAUAGGUGCAAAUGAAACCGCGCCCAAUUAUUCUUCAGUUCCUUCCCCUUUCUAUCCAUUCACUGGUAUUCCUGUUCAAGAGAAAAGGAAUAUUAUAUCUCAUUGUGCAUUCUUCUCGUGUCGUUAUGCUAAGAGUAAAUCUCACCGAUUUCGUUUUCAGAACACACAUGCAGGAUUUGAAAGAUGUCACACAAGAAGUGCAUUAUGAAAAUUACAGAGCGGAGCGUUUGUCGCGACAAGGGCAAGGGCCCCCCUCACCUCGUAAAACUAUAGAGGCAAUGUAUGUAAACCGUUUUCCAUAACAUGUCCUUUAUAUUUAAUCGAGGCCCGGUGGCAACUUUAGAUCCGUGAAAAAUGAAUGAUCUUUUCAAAUUUCUUGUUUUAGGAAACGCAAAACUGGAAGUUUUGAGCCGGAACAGGUGGAUGCAGGCAAUAUUUCAGAAAAGGAUCGAAUGUUAAAAGAAAAGGAAGCCGAGGUAUUUAGCAACUUGAUAUACUGUUUCACCCAAUGUAAGGGAAUCUUAGACUGUCUUGGAUUCUGCAUUCCACGCAAGGGAUUCCCGGAAUUAGCCUGCGAAAACAUCCGUUUCUCCUCGCUCUUCGCCGCUGGGGACUGCGACUCAGUGGCAAAAAUUCCAUACUGAUGACGCAAAUCAAUGUUUACAUAAUAAAUCCGGUAGUCAUGGGGUUCCAAAUACAAAUUUGUAAAAUUUAACAUGUCUUCUGGUCGAUUUUGGUAAAUUUUUGUGUUCAUCUGCCAACGAGCUCCAGCAAAACUCAAAUGCUUCUUCUAGAGAAGAGUAUAUUCAACAAAUAUUGACUGCUAGAGAUUCUUCGCGUUUACAUUUGACCUCUGUGGCCUUGUGUCUUUUGUCUGUCAUUUGUAAACAAUAGCUAAAACAAUGUAACUACUCCGUUGACCAAUCAGCGCUUCUGACCAGAUUCCGGACAGAUUUUACGUCAUCAGUAUGGAAUUUUUGUCGCUGAGUCGCAGACGUUCCUCCUCGCGAAACGUCCCCAGCGGCGAAGAGCGAGGAGAAACGGAUGUUUUCGCAGGCUAUCCCGGAAUUCAAGUACCGUUUUCCGGAUUCCAAUCCUUAGUGGGAUUCCAGAUUCCUUGAGCUGUAUUCCAGAUUGCCUUAUAUGGGGGAAUUGUUUACCCUAGAGGAUGGAAUGUAAAUCCCAAACUUGGUAGUAUAUUUUCCUUCCUCUCCAAAAAUUCCCCUCUGAACUUAUGUUUUCCAAGAGCAGACGUUUUUGAUCCCCUGGGGAACAACAGACGCGAAAGUUUUUGAUGUUGCGAAAGUUCAAGAUUUUGACUCCACUACACAACAUCAACAGACAAAACGUAAUGGCAAAUAAGUUUAUUUUGGGACGGCUUGGCGAGAACCAACCCUACAAAGUAUUUAUGUAAAUAGGUGAAUACUGGUGAAUACCUAAUGUACAACACUUGUAAACUAGCUUUCACAAAAAGAUAAAACUCGUGCGACAAAUAGUCGCUCUUGACCUGAAUCUCCCAUUUAAGCAGGCAGGCUUAGUGCCAGGUAGGCUGCCAGUCAUUCUGGGGAAACUAAUUAAUAAAACUCAGACAACGCAUAACUGGCACACGGAACACGGUAGUAGCACAGAGCCUAAACAAAAAGAAAAAACUCCUCACAACUGGUCGAUCUCGACCUGAAUCCCCCAAAUAAGCACACAGGCUUAGUGCCAGUUAGGCUGCCAGUUAGGCUGGGGAAACUAAUUAAUAAAACUCAGACAACGCAUAACUGGCACGAGGAACACGGUAGGAGCACAGAGGCUAAGCAAAAAGAAAAAACUGCUACAACUGAUCGAUCUCGACCUGGAUCCCCCAAAUAAGCAGACAGGCUUAGUGCCAGUUAGGCUGCCAGUUAGGCUGGAGAAACUAAUUAAUAAAACUCAGACAACGCAUAACUGGCACGAGGAACACGGUAGGAGCACAGAGGCUAAGCAAAAAGAAAAAACUGCUACAACUGGUCGAUCUCGACCUGAAUCCCCCAAAUAAGCAGACAGGCUUAGUGCCAGUUAGGCUGCCAGUAAGGCUGGAGAAACUAAUCAAUAAAACUCAGACAACGCAUAACUGGCACGAGGAACACGGUAGGAGCACAGAGGCUAAGCAAAAAGAAAAAACUGCUACAACUGGUCGAUCUCGACCUGAAUCCCCCAAAUAAGCACGCAGGCUUAGUGCCAGUUAGGCCGGGGAAAUUUAAUAAAACUGUGAUCAACGUAUAACUGGGACCGGGAACACUUCAGGAGCACAGAGGCUGAGUGCCAGGAAAACUGGGAAUUAUCUCCACUAAUGUACCCAACAAGGCACGUAGCCCAAUAACCAGUAAGACUGCCAUAAAAUGCUAGGGCGGGACAUUGAGGGUAAACAAUGAAUAACGACCCUGGCUAGAGGUCUGUAACAUUGCCUGCAACCUAACUGCGUCAAACGAGACUUACGUCGCCUCCUAAAGAGCGGUUCCGGGACAGCUGACCUAAGCAUACAUGGAAACUAAAUAUAUCAAGUAAAGGAGCAGGUGCAAAACUGAGAUAACUAGUGUACAAGUACAUAAAAUAAGAAACGGGAAAAAGGCUGAAAACUAGCAGAGCUGAGCUACCGCUUACAAACUGAAGUAAAUGCGGUCAGACGGAGGCCAGAAAAAACCUGCCCAAAAAAACCCCGAAGGGAAAAAAUGCGGCAGGAAAUCUGGGUAGGAACCAAGGCUCAAGCUCAAAGCCCUUCCUACGGGACUUUACAAUGUAAUCGAGAAUAUGUUGCUCCUAAAAAUAAAUAAAACAAAAAUUUAAGAAAAACCAAGGAGAGGUUGGUUCGUAAGCCUAGAUGACGAACACGUGAUAUACGCAGCCUUCGAUAUGGCUACCCAUGGUGCACCCGGCCUAGUACCCAGGCCCUGUUGUAUCUCGUGCCGUCAAAAUAUUUAUUUCUGCCUUCUUCGCGGGCUCAUUCGUCAGAAAUAACAUUUUUGUAGGUUAUAUAUCGCGGGUGCCUCCCAAGGGGUUUUGAGCGUUCCAAUUUUUGACGCCUUUCAUCUGAUCAGGAAACAAAAAAAACAUUUCUUUUCAACUAAUUAGCAGCUGAACUAAAAACAGGAUUUGGCGCCAUAUCUGGCGGGCCCGUGGUUUAUUUCAGCGAAUGGAAUUUGUUCCUUCGAGAAAUGUGAGUUCUUGGAAAAUGUUGGACAAAAUUACUUGGCAGUAGCUUCCUUGAGUUAAACUUCCAUUUUAUUUCUCUUUCAGUUGCGACGAAUGCAAGAAAUGGUACUUCAAAUGCAGAAAGAGAUGGCAAAACAAAAAGCAGUAGGCCAUGAUGAAAAAAUGUAAUGCCUCUACUGUAUUCAGGAACCAGCCUAGUAUAUAAUUAUAAUGUAGUGAAGUACACAAAUUGCUGAAUUUGCGCGAUGUGUAAAGGCUGUCGUCGAGCGUUUGCUUUAUCAUUUUGGCCUUCAUUCUGCUCCUUUCCUGGUUUACAGAUCUCUUUUGACAGCCUGCAAAAUUGAAAUCAUAUAUGACCCUAGACUGCGUCGCAGCGCUGGCCUUUUGAAUAGACUUUUGACUUCGUCGCUCGCUCGGGCGGCUUCGCAACCUGAAAAGCUCGCUUUACUCCCUUUACUGCUUUUUCUACGGUGGAACUCGUGAGGACGUCUUGUGGAAAGUCUAGAGUUUAAAGGAGGAGGAAACCGCCUGGUUAUCUGCCACUCAGUCUAAUAUGACCUACGCUUGUUUUCUUUUAUUGCAAUGUAUCUUCCCUUUCGUGUUGGCUGUGCUACAGUCAGACCAACCUCGUUCCCAGGGUUGUCUCCUAGGGGUUACAGUCAGACCACCCUAGUUCUCUAUUAGUCAGGGGCACCCAACGACAGUUUCCUCCUAAAUGCAUUAACAACACUUUUUAGGCUAUCGAGAGUAUUUUUAGAUGUCUAGAAAUGCGUUCUACGCGGCACUAUAGAAUUUGCAUCUGUUCGGUCAUCCUAGGGGAACUUGAAUCUAUUCGAAAUUACAAGGGCUUCAGUGUUAUUUUUCCGAAAAAUUUAGAUGCAAUUUGACGUAUUACGAAAGUGAGACAUUUUCUGAUUUCUCUCUCUAUCGCAUUUUUGGGUACGAUAAUUUUAGGUUUCCUUUUCUCUACGAAAAAUAGCCUAACCUGGGAAGUGAAAUGUGAAAAUUAAACUGCCGAAAAUCGAAGGGAAUUUAUUAGAUAAGCUUCGAAAAUUGUACAUGAGUGGAAGGGUCAUCUAGAAAAUAUAUUAGCCGUCCUCAAGUAAUAGAAAAUUCUAGUCAAUAUUUGCUUCUCCGAACAGAUAUUUUACAGAACACAGCCCGAGUCGUUAGGUGCCCUUGAUUAGUUAAUAUUAUUAGCAACCGCCAAAGGACCUUCACACCCAUAGGGAACCGUUGAUUGCCUUGUGACGGUGAAAUGGAAUCUUGCAAUAGUACAGUAAAGAGAGAAAUCAGUACCGGAAACCCUUUGGCUAUAUCUUAUGGUUUGUAAUAAAAAUGAAGGCGAUUCUGGGGAAAUUAUCAAACGAAUUUCAGAGGUUUCAAGACUUCCACAAACCUCUUAUAUAUAGAAAUAUAUACAACAAUUAGUCAUCAAGGCAAAGCUAUUUGGCUUAUAUUCGAUUCCAGAGUUAUUUUAUAUUUAAGGCGGUACUCGAUGCAAACCU